AUGCAUGCGGAGGUGACGGCGAAGACGGCUACCAUUGAGGAGCGAGAGACCAAGUUGGCCGAGAUGAAGGGGGAGUUGGAAGGGCUACAGAACGAGGUAGCGGACGCGGAAGCUCAGGAAGAAUAUGAUGCCUUGUUGAAGUCGAUUGAGGAAGAGGAAAGGGAGUGCAAUGAGGUGGAGGCGAACUUGGCUCAGCGACAAAGGGAUUUGAAGGCUAGGGAGCAGGUCUUGACUGAAGCAUUGGAGCAGUUGAGGUCCCAACGGAGGAGCACUUCGCGUUUGUCUGAUGGACCGAGUGGGAGUGAUGACGGAGAGUGUUUACAAGAAGAGGAUGAGACUGAGAGAGAU